AUGGCCGACCUCUUGAACCCUGUCAUCGUUGUGGGCGGCGGCUUAGCCGGGCUUUCUGCAGCCCACCAAGCAUACAACCGAGGAGCCAACGUCGUGUUGGUCGACAAAAUGGGCUUUCUCAGUGGAAACAGUGGAAAGGCCACCUCGGGCAUCAAUGGCGCGCUCACGAGAACGCAGGUUUCGUUGGAAAUCAAGGAUUCCGUGGAGCAAUUUUACCAAGACACAUUGGCUACAGCCAAGGACAGAGCAAACCCGGAACUCAUUCGCGUGUUGACCUACAACAGCGCGGACGCGGUGCACUGGCUCCAGGAGCUUUUCGGGUUGGAUUUGAGCGUGGUGUCGCGGUUGGGCGGGCAUUCGCAGCCAAGAACGCAUCGGGGCCGCGACGCCAAAUUUCCAGGCAUGGCCAUCACCUACAAGUUGCUCGAGACGCUCGAGAACUUGGCCGUGGAGGAGCCCGACAGAGUGGUCAUUUUGAAGGACACCCAGGUGGUGGAUCUCAUUGCCGCCGACGACGACAAGUCGGUGAUCCGCGGGGUCAAGUACAAGAACUUGAAACUGAAGGAGCGCGGCGAGUUGGUGGGGCCGGUGAUUCUUGCGACGGGCGGCUACGCGGCGGACUUCACCAAGAACUCGUUGUUGCGCAAGUAUCGCCCCGAUAUCGUCGAUUUGCCGUCGACCAACGGAACACAUGCGACAGGCGAUGGGCAGAAAAUCGUCAUGAAAAACUCCGGUGUGGCCAUCGAUAUGGAUAAGGUCCAGGUGCAUCCCACCGGACUCAUUGAGUACGACGAUUUGGACGCCGUCCACGGCAAGAAACAGCCGCGGUUCUUGUUUUUGGGCGCCGAGGCCCUCAGAGGCGAGGGAGGCAUCAUUCUCAACAAGAACGGCGAGCGGUUCUGCGACGAGCUCGGCACAAGAGACUAUGUCAGUGGCGAGAUCCAAAAGCAGGCCGAUUUGGGCAACGGCCCGUUCCGUCUUGUGCUCAACUCCCAGAGCGACGAACGGCUCAGUUUCCACAUCAAACACUACGCACAACGGAAGUUGAUGCGCGACAUGACGGGCGCCGAGUUGGCCAAGGAUAUGGGCCUCGACCUCUCGAAGAUCCAGGCCACUCUCGCCGACUACAACAAGGCAGCUACAGGCGCUGUGAAGGACAAGUUCGGCAAGAAGUUCUUCCCAACGACCCCAUUUGACAUGGAGAAGGGAAACACCUACCACGUCGCAUUCAUCGCGCGUGUUUUGCACUUCACCAUGGGCGGUGUCAAGAUCGACGAUCUGACUCGCGUCAUUUUCGGAGAUGGCUCCUCUGAAAAACCCUUCGACGGCCUCUACGCCGCAGGAGAAGUCGCGGGCGGCGUCCAUGGCCAUAACAGACUCGGCGGCUCGUCAUUGUUGGCCUGUGUUGUGUUUGGCCGGUUGGCGGCAGACCAGGCGACCGGAUUCUUGAUGAGGAGGUUGUCACAAGAGCCUGCUCUGUCUUCCGCAGCCACCGACCGUUUGAACCAGAUCAACCUACACAUCAACCCGCAAACAAAGAGCUUCACGGUGUCGUUUUCCGAUGACGCUGGCGCCGUAACUGCGGUUCCUGUUGCGGAAACCGCUCCAAAGAAGAAACCUGCGCCGGCGGCACCCAAGAAACAGCCAGAACACACUCAGUUCCGCAUCCCAUCCAAAGAGUUCACCGCGGAGGAGGUCGCAAAGCACAACAAGGCGGACGACUGCUGGGUCAUCGUCAAGAAUGUCGUCAUGGACCUCACAUCCUUCUUGGACAACCACCCUGGUGGUCGGGAGUCUAUUGUGAAGUAUGCGGGCCAGGACGCCACCGAGAGCUUUGACAUGUUGCACGAGGACAACGUCAUUGCGCGGUAUGCGCCGGAAUGUGUGUUGGGCCGUCUUAAGGGUAAAACACCACAGCUCGAGAUUAAGUGA